AUGGAUCUGGACCAACAAGGUAAAUAUUAAAAGGUGCCUUGUGUGCCUCAACAAGUUUUCAGUUAUCUCAUGCAUUGGCCUCCUGUUACAAAUGGAAUUGGAUCUUUGUCUGAACGUUUGGUUUGCUUUUAAAGCAGAGGGGCUCUUAUGCUAAUUCGGGCAAUGGGCCCACCCGGAAAAAAGUGCCCUCAUGCGCGCACACACACACACACACCCUCCUGCCUUUGGGAUAUGCAUUUCCUGUGGCACACGUCCAAGCUAUGAUCUGUACACAACCAUUCACUCACUUUGUCUCUCUGGUGGAAUCCAGACACAUAUAAAAAAACGCUGUGAAAAUGCCUUUUCAAAAACGUUAUGAAAAAUAUAUUGAAUUUGCCAUAAGCUCACCAUCGCCAUCUAGUGUCGCAUUUGAAUAAUGCAUUAAAAUGUACUUAAAAUGUUGCAUUUGCAGCUGUAUAGCUGAGUCCUCUGUCUCUGUUUCUGUCUGCCUGUCUCUUUCUCUGUUACACACACACACACACACACACACACACACACACACGUGUGUACAUCCACUUACUUGAGAGGCUGCCCCCUGGGCUUCACUCCAGCAUGGAUGCAGUAUCAGGGCUUGCAGCUGCUGGGUAAACUGGGCAAAGAACAUCUGGAGAAAGAAGUGGGGAGGGAGGGAGACAGGGCUAUUGACAGGGAGGCCUCAGAGUUCCUGAUAACUGAGGAAGAAGGCAAGAGUUGGGGCAGAAAGGGUUGGAGUGGUGAGCCAAGCGAGCCAAAGUCCAACAGAGAGUUGGGGCUGGCAGAUUUGAGGGUGAAGUGUGAAGCUUCUGCCCAACUGGGGCCCCAACAAAUACCAACUGGUGGGUAUUCACUGGGGAAAGAGCAUGUGAUGCAACACGCUGCCCAAAAUAAGUAAAUAAAGGCAGUAAACUGGGUAGUCCCAUGGUUGUAGCUAUUCAGGUGCAGCCUUGUACGCCUCAUUCCCGCAACUCCUGCAGCCAAGCUGGUGCCCAACGUAUUGCUCUGCUUUCCUUUGGACCACAUCAGCAAGUCUUGUCAUCUGGGCAGCACAAAACCUCCAUACACACUGCUCAGGUGGUCACCCCAGGGAGGUCACUUUGGUGCUGCUAAUGCAGAGGUUUGACUUCACCCCCAGAGGUGCACUCCAUUGUCUCCGGAGACAGACAGAUGCCAACAAUGUCCCUAUGAAAAUUUUAGAAUCCUUUCAUGUCCCUGACUGUUCCUUCCUUCAAACAGUUCACUCCCUCCCCCCUUCUUGUUUCAAAACUGUCUACAGUAGUACCUUGGGUUACAGACACUUCAGGUUACAGACGCUUCAGGUCACAGAUUCCGCUAACCCAGAAAUAGUACCUCAGGUUAAGAACUUUGCUUCAGGAUGAGAACAGAAAUUGUGCAGCGGCGGCAGCAGGAGGCCCCAUUAGCUAAAGUGGUGCUUCAGGUUAAGAACAGUUUCAGGUUAAGAACGGACCUCCAGAACGAAUUAAGUUCUUAGCCUGAGGUACCACUGUAUUCAUAGGGUAACAACAAUGUGAUGAAAGUACAUAAGAAAAAGGAAGGAGCAUAAUAAACAGAAAGUGAACGGCAUUUCAGGUCACCAUCAGUACCUACGUAGGAAUGCACAUGAGGGGAGGAAAGAGUCCUAAUAAUAGCAUGAGGUACAAAAUAGGUCAACAAACAUCUUCAGGCUAGCGGGUCUCUCAAGAAGCCAUGACUGAGCUCAGAGGUCGUAUACCUUCUACAGAGAAGUUAAUGAACGCAAUAAAGGGGAACCAUGUACAGUGGUACCUCAGGUUAAGUACUUAAUUCAUUCCGGAGGUCCGUACUUAACCUGAAACUGUUCUUAACCUGAAGCACCACUUUAGCUAAUGGGGCCUCCCGCUGCAGCUGUGCCACCAGAGCACAAUUUCUGUUCUCAACCUGAAGCAAAGUUCUUAACCUGAAGUACUAUUUCUGGGUUAGCGGAGUAUGUAACCUGAAGUGUAUGUAGCCUGAAGCGUAUGUAACCUGAGGUACCACUGUAUUUCCAAAUGUAUCCGGUUGAGCCUGCCUCUCUGAUUGCCUGAUGUUCUGCAUUCUUUUCACAGAGGCCCUGAAUACCAUUGAGAAUUCUGUCUACAGAACAGCCCUGAAGCUCCGUGCUGUGCAAAGCCUAUGCCAGCGUAAGUGUAAUAGUCCGGCCUCCUGUGCAACUUGGUAGGAUCCGAGUUGGAUGCAGUGCUGAACCUGCAAUGCAUGGUUCUAAGGCAGGGGUGUCAAACUCAAAUUCAUCGGGGGCCGCAUCAGCAGUUUGGUCACCCUCAAAGGGCCGGUUGUAUCUGUAGGACUAUGUAAAGGGCAUGUAAAGUGGAGGUUUCCUGUGUAGAACGGCCGGCGCCGCUAGAGAGCAGACGUUCUCUGGCUUGUAGGCUGCCACGCAUGCGCUGAAGAGGCGGCUUUCUUGUGUCAAAAAAAAAAAAAAGCGAGAAUAAAAGGUGAAGGCUGGCGGCGGCUACACGGGCCACAUGACGAGGUCUGACGGGCCGGAUUCGGCCCGCGGGCCUUGUGUUUGACACCCGUGCUCUAAGGGUUCAGCAUAUUAUGUUUUCAUCUGGAUAAACAGGUGGGAAAGACACCUAAAGAAAUGAAACACCAUUGAAGCUCCCAACCGGAGAUAAGAAACUUUCACUUCAGUUUUGGAUUAACCACAGUUUCGCAUGUUGUCCAAAUCGUAAACUGUGGAUAAUCUUAACUAUUGUUUGAUAAUCAAACCAGCUUUAACCCAGUUAGCUUGUUUCAAGCAAACCACAGUUAAUAUUAAUCACAGUUUGUCCAAAUUCAGGUGACAUGACAAGCUGUAAAUAAUGGAAAAAAGGAGGAUGAAAGCUUCCAGACUCCUCCUCACAGCUGUGCCAGAAAAGGACCGGAAAUGCGAAAGCCUACACUCAUUCCCACCAUUGUGAAAACCAUGGUUUAUUGUGAUGUCUGAACACAAUAAGAGUUACAAAAUCUGAGUUAACUUGGAGGAGGUCUAUGAACCAGGCAGCGUGAGAAGCUGAAAUAAUGAAUGACAAUUUCUUCGUUCAGAGUUGAGCUGGUGGGACUUCGGAAUUAAUUUGUUGCUUUAUUUUUCAGUCAAGCUGACUGACGUCUCUUCGAUUCAGCAAAUCCUGCCAAACCACAAAUGCCGGGCAGAGAAGCAGAAGCCCCUCUCCAUGGAGCAACUCACGCGACUGCUAAAGGAGCUGUUUAAGAGAACCAGAUUAGAGAAGCCAGGCCAGGUGGAGCCAAAGGCAGCUGAAUUAACCCUGAGCCUCCUGACCUCUGCAUAUGACAGGUGACAACAAAGAGACACCCAGUGUCUCAUGGCAGAUUUAUGGCAGCUUCACGUUUUGAUGCAAAAAUGCCUGGUUCAUUUGUCUUUUUAAAUCCAUGGUUCUAGAUAUAAAUAUACAGUGUACCUCGGGUUACAUACGCUUCAGGUGACAGACGCUGCUAACCCAGAAAUAUUACCUCAGGUUAAGAACUUUGCUUCAGGAUGAGAACAGAAAUUGUGCAGCGGUGGCGCAGUAGCAGCAGGAGGCCCCAUUAGCUAAAGUGGUGCUUCAGGUUAAGAACAGACCUCCGUAAUGAAUUAAGUACGUAACCAGAGGUACCACUGUAUAUGGAAAUUCCAAACUAGGGCCAAUUUUCAGAUCGACAGGUGCAGAAAAUAUCCCUUAGAGGUGAUUUGGCAUGGCAUGUAUCUCUGCCUACACAUACUGGUUUGUUUUCAGGUUGCAGGUUAUGGUAUUAUGGCCUCAGUAAUGGGCUCUAGACCCGUGGUUCCCAGUGUGGGGCACCCCCCCCACAGGGGGGCAAUUUGAUUUUAAGGGGGGGCAAUUCAAGAAUGAGUUGGACCAAGUUAAUGGCCUUAAUGGGAUGUGGGUGGCGCUGUGGCUUAAACCACAGAGCCUAGGGCUUGCCGAUCAGAAGGGUCGGCGGUUCAAAUCCCCGCGAUGGGGUGAGCUCCCAUUGCUCGGUCCCUGCUCCUGCCAACCUAGCAGUUCGAAAGCACAUCAAAGUGCAAGUAGAUAAAUAGGUACCGCUCUGGCGGGAAGGUAAACGGUGUUUCCAUGCGCUGCUCUGGUUUUGCCAGAAGCGGCUUGGUCAUGCUGGCCACAUGACCGGAAGCUGUACGCCGGCUCCCUCGGCCAGUAAAGGGAGAUGAGCGCCGCAACCCCAGAGAAGUCCGCAACUGGACCUAAUGGUUAGGGGUCCCUUUACCUUUAAUGGCCUUUUAGUUUCCUCCAUGUGAAUGGGAGUUCACUUUUUGAAUAAUAAGAAUUACAGGGGUAUCUCAGGUUAAGAACUUAAUUUGUUCUGGAGGUCCGUUCUCUUUUUUCCCCCUGUCUCUCUUUUUUAUUUUUUAUUAAAGAUUUUCUUGAUUUACAGAAGUAUGUGUAAUGUCUCUCGUAUUUUUUCCAUGUAACAUUUUUACAAAUCAGUUUCAUUUGUUGAGACAUUAGGAAGAAGAGGGGGGAGGGGGAAAGAUGGGUGGGGGUGGGGUGGCGAUGUUCUGGAGGUCCAUUCUUAACCUGAAACUGUUCUUAACCUGAGGUACAACUUUAGCUAAUGGGGUCUCCUGCUGCCACUGCGCCACCGCCAUGCAAUUUCUGUUCUCAUCCUGAAGCAAAGUUCUUAACCCGAGGUAAUAUUUCUGGGUUAGCAGAGUCUGUAACCUGAAGCGUCUGUAACCUGAAGCGUCUGUAACCUGAGGUACCACUGUAUAUGUCACUGUGGGGGGGGGUCAUCAGGAUUUUAGAGGUGCUUAGGUGGGGCAUAACCAAAAAAAGGUUGGGAACCACUGCUCUAGACCUAGGGUGGGCAACCUGUGCCUAGCAGAGAUUGGCAGAAGGGGUGACAUUGCACACUUGGUUUCUUGAUGCCAAGUAACACUAUCGCUUACUGAAAGGAGGAGGUACUGAUAGCUCAGCGUCAUAAAGACACAGAAGUAGCAGCAUUGGGAGUCUGUGUUUCCUUAAUUGUGGGCUUUCCUCCCGUUUGAAUUUGUCUCGUUUUGUACAUUGACUUACUGGACACCCACACCUCCUGUAUUUUGUUGUAAAUCAUCUUGAGUACAACUCAUUGUGGAAAGGCAGCAUACAAUUAAAUAAAACAAACUACAUUUAGAGGGCUUCAGAUUCCUGGCGCUGGUGUAGAACCUUUCUCUCUUUUUUUGGUCAGGAAAAGGGACUUCAAAUUCCAAAGUUGGGAGAUAGCUCAUUGUUAUGUACUGAAGUUCUCACCCUGGGCCAGCAGGGGGAUACUGUAGAUAGUUAUGCAAAUAAGGGAUCGAAAGUGACGUUCAGUGAUUGGAUAGUUUUAGAAAGUUGUUACAGUAACGUUGUACUGGAGCUCUAUAUAAGCAGGCUGACUGAACCCUUCAGUUCAGUUCUGUCCUGGCCUGUGAAUAAACAAGAGCUGUUUGAAGAAUCGCUGUGUUGUCUGAUAUGUUUACCCACAACUUAACACUCAUGUAGCAGCUGUUGAUUUUCCUCUUGCUUCCUGCCCCUUUUUCUUACAUUGUAGGAAUGGGGUGGGCUUUAUCCAGCCCCGAUCAGCUGCAGCUGCACUAAUUGCUCUCUCAGGGGAUGGCCUGCUUACCAAAUAUAGAGGUAAGCGGUAUUGCUCUUCUGUAUUUAUUCUCCGCAACAAGUUAGGCUCAGACUGCUGACAAACAUAUACACUUUUUUGCACAGUAAGCAAUCAAGUCUUGCUAAGCACAGACGAAAAUGUGAAAAAUGAACUGCCCGCCCAAAGAGAAUAGCAGAAAUAAAUGCCGUUUCUCUUUUCCUUUACACCUCUCAGUUUCCCUUUUUGCAUCAGUAGAGGCAAGCAGUGCUGGAUUUAGGGCGCUGGAAGUGGUUCCCCCGCAUGGGAUGCUGAGCUGAGGGGGUGCAAAAUUGAGAAGAUCCAUAAUUGAGAAGAUCCAUUGGGGUGCCAUUAUUACCCAAAAUUACUGUUCCUGGAGGCAAAGGCUGAGUAUAGUAAGGAAAUGGCAGAGAGACAAAAUCAUGCCAUGUCACUGCACCAGGGUGUUAUAGUGGUUAGAGCAGGCAUCCCCAAACUCGGCCCUCCAGAUGUUUUGGGACUACAACUCCAAUACUGUAAUAAUAAUAAUAAUAAUAAUAAUAAUAAUUUAUUUGUACCCCGCCCAUCUGGCUUGGUUUCCCCAGCCACUCUGGGCAGCUUCCAUAGAAACCAAAAAACACUAAAAUAUCAUACAUAAAAAACUUCCCUGAACAGGGCUGCCUUAAGAUGUCUUCUGAAUGUCAGGUAGUUGUUUAUCGUUUUGACAUCUGAUGGGAGGGCGUUCCACAGGGCGGGCGCCACUACCGAGAAGGCCCUCUGCCUGGUUCCCUGUAACCUCACUUCUCGCAAUGAGGGAACGGCCAGAAGGCCCUCGGCGCUGGAUCUCAGUGUCCGGGCUGGACGAUGGGGGUGGAGACGCUCCUUCAGGUAUACUGGACCGAGGCCAUUUAGGGCUUUAAAGGUCAACACCAGCACUUUGAAUUGUGCUCGGAAACGUACCCUAGCUAACAGGACCAGUGGUCAGGGAUGAUGGGAACUGUAGUCCCAAAGCACCUGGAAGGCCAAGUUUGGGGAUGCCUGGGUUAGAGUGUUGGGUUAGGACUGAGGAGACCCAGGUUCACGAUUGUGUCUCAUGCAUUCGGCUCCCAAUACCUGACCUGAAGAACGCAGGCUAGGAAAUAACUCUCUUGACUCUUCAGGAAUUCUGACUGGUAUUCUCUGGUGCUGGCAGGUCUCUUUCAGCUUUACUCAACCUGCGCAGGAAGGAGCGCCAGCCGGACUCAUAUUUCUCGAAAUGGUGUGAGGAAUCUGCUAACAGACUUACUCCAGGUAAUUCAGCUACUGUGCAACAUGGAAAUGGAGAAGUGGUGAAUCUCCUGAAGCAGACCGGUGAGAAAACUACAUGGCCCUAACAUGGAUAUCUGAUAGACGGCUAUUCCCAGAGCAUCCUUGUUUGUUCACUUCAGAGUCUCCUAGAAUACUGAGAGAUAAUAAUAAUAAUAAUAAUUUUUAUUUAUACCCCACCCUCCCCAGCCAAGGCUAGGCUCAGGGUGGCUCACAACCAAUAAUAAAAACAAGUUGAAUGAAUACAACUUAAAAAACAAGAUUAAAAUACGACAUUAAAACAUUAAAAUGCAGCCUCAUCACAGGAGGAGAAAGGAAAAAAGAAAAAGGGGGAGGGAACCAAAUUGACUCCAAGCCAAAGGCCAGGCGGAACAACUCUAUCUUACAGGCCCUGCGGAAAGAAAUCAGAUCCUGCAGGGUCCUGGUCUCAUGAGACAGAGCGUUCCAUCAGGCUGGAGCCAGUGUUGAAAAGGCCCUGGCUCUAGUUGAGGCUAAUCUAACUUCCUUAGGGCCCGGGACCUCUAGGGGGUUGCUAUUUAUGGACCUUAAGGUCCUCCGUGGGGCAUACCGGGAGAGGCAGUCCCGUAGGUACGAGGGUCCUAGGCCGUGAAGGGAUUUAAAGGUCAAAACCAGCACCUUAAAUCUGACCCUGUACUCCACCGGGAGCCAAUGCAGCUGGAAAAGCACUGGGUGACUAUGCUCCCAUGGCAGAGACCCCAUGAGGAGCCUCGCUGCUGCAUUCUGCACCCGCUGCAGUUUCUGGGACAGCUUCAAGGGCAGCCCCGCGUAGAGCGAAUUACAGUAGUCAAGCCUGGAGGUGACCGUUGCAUGGAUCACUGUGGCCAGGUCAGGGCGGGAAAGGUAAGGGACCAACUGCUUGAUGCUGUGAAGGUGGAAAAAUGUCGCCUUGGCUAUUGCUGUAACCUGCGCCUCCAUGGAAAGGGAGGCGUCAAGAAUUACACCCAAACUCUUAACGGAAGGCUUUGGCACUAAUUGGGCCCCCACAAGAGAAUGAAGUUGGUCCCUCAUCCCCAUACCAUUCUGACCCAGCCAGAGGACCUCUGUCUUUGAAGGAUUUAGUUUCAACCAGCUCUCACGAAACCAUCCAGCCACAGCUUCCAAGCAUCUGGUCAGUGUGUCCGGGGCCGAGUCGGUGUGGCCAUCCAUCAGCAGAUAGAGCUGAGUGUCAUCAGAUAGGAAAAAUGAGAUUUGCAGAUCAGAGAGGGUGAGACACUAAGGAGGAAUGAAUCAGCUAGUUAAGAAAGGACAAACAUCAGAUUCUAAGGAUGCUUAGAGGGAGGCACUGUCACCAUGGGCUCCCUUGGUGCCAGAACUCCUGAAGAGGAAGGGCUCUUAAAGGCUGGUUUUGAAGCUAAAUCCCAGUCUAAUAUGCCCUCUCAAUCCUUAGCCUCUUCCUCUCAGGACGGGAAGCCAGAGUCCUAGGUCAUGCCAACAUACAUGCACAGAGUUAAAAGUUUCAGGGGUGACACCUUAAAUAAAACCCAUCAUCUUUUGUCAGGGCAGAAAUGCCUUUUUCACUUCCCUUUAUUUUUAUAUAGCCUCUUCUCAUUCCGUGUGAUGGCGGUGGUCUUUUGCUGAGGGCUUAUGGUGACAAUGUGUUUUGCAGAUCCUGGCAGUCGUGGGAGAACGCCGUAACCUGUCUAACGUGGAAAUUGCAGUGACGAGUUGUUUCAGUGGGGUAAGUUAAAAUACAGUAUCAAAUGUAGCUUGGGUCAUAUAUAACCAUCUUCACUGGCAGAAAAUGCACUUCUGAGUUAUAUUACUUAAUUGCACAGUCCCUUCAUUCUUCUGUCACAAGACAGAGUGAUUUCCUGAACUGUAAGAGACCAGAUCCAAUUAAGAUCGCAUCUUAUGGACCUUGAAGACUAUCACCGUCACAAAAGACAUUCCGCCCUUUUUGAGCAAAGACGUCAGUAGAGGCUUCACUGGUACCCUGGAUACAGGGCUGGCCCAAUACAUUUUGGUACCUGAGGCGAACCACAAAAUGGCACCUCCCUCCCCACCAGGGAAGGAGGGCCAUAGCUGUCAACGUUUCCCUUUUUUAAAGGGAAAUGCCCUUAUUCCGAAUAGGAUUCCUCACAAGAAAAGGGAAAAAUUGACAGCUAUGCGGAGGGCUGAGUGAAGAUCUUCAUCAGGAACAAGGGGGAAAUAAAGAUCUACAUUAGGAGCUGCUGCCUCUGUGAAUCCUGACGCCUGGAUUGUUCCAUGUAAGACUCAGGCUGGAGACUCCAUAAGAGCAGAGCAGAGUUGUUGGUUCAGCAGGAGAGCUGUGUCUUCAGAAAGAACUGCAGCUCUUUCUCAGUUGCUUUCUCCACCCUCAGUGAGAGCAGCCUCUCCAUUUCAAGGACGCCAGCCUGAUUUAGCAGCCAUUGGCACCUGAGGUGAAUCAAACAACUGGUGCCCCCUCCCAGCCAGGAAGAAGUAGCGAGCGAAGAUCUACAUCAGAAAUGAGGGGUUGGGGUAAAGAUCUACAUUGGGAUCCACUGCUGCGGAUCCUGCCGCCUGAGGCAGUCGCCUCACUUUGCCUCAUGGGUGGGCCAGCCCUGGCCAUGAUAGAGAUUAGCUCCAAAAACAGAGAGUUGUAUUCAACUGAGUCAUAGAGUAGACCCAUUGACAUCAGUGAGAGGGCUAACCUAAGAGCAUUGGUUUUAACGGGUCUCUAAGUAUAUCUUGAGGGACGCGGGUGGCGCUGUGGGUUAAAGCACAGAGCCUAGGACUUGCUGAUCAGAAGGUCAGUGAUUCGAAUCCCCACGACGGGGUGAGCUCCCGUUGUUUGGUCCCUGCUCCUGUCACCCUAGCAGUUCGAAAGUACGUCAAAGUGCAAGUCUUCCGGCGGGAAGAUAAACGGCGUUUCCGUGCGCUGCUCUGGUUUGCCAGAAGCAGCUUAGUCAUGCUGGCCACAUGACCCGGAAGCUGUACGCCGGCUCCCUCGGCCAAUAAAGCGAGAUGAACGCCGCAACCUCAGAGUCGGUCACGACUGGACCUAAUGGUCCCUUUACCUUUAAAUAUGUCUUAUUUGGAUUCUUUUGCAAUUAUAGAUGAGAUUUCAACACAGACUCGUAAAAAACCUGUGGGUUAGUUUUUAGAGUGAUCUUUUCCAAUGAAAAGCCAGACUUUGUGCUACAUGUGCCUGAGACAAAGUUCUUGUUUGAGCUAAGGACUAGUGCUCUCUUUCAGGUUCUGGGUUCUGCAGUUGAUGAAGAGAGGUUCUUAGCUUGGCUCCAGUCUGAACCUGCCAUCCUUCUCUGGCUCCCCACCUGCUACAGAUUGUCAGCAACAGAAAUGGUCAAACACCAGGUCAAAUGUAACAUCUGCAAGAGCUUUCCCAUCACUGGACUAAGGUAUGUUGUAUCAUAAUAACUAGGCCAGUGCUAUUCAAAGAUUCAGCCACUUAAUUGCACAACAAAUCUAGUUUUGAGGGGUGGCUGAAUCUAGUUUCGUGGAGGUAUAGGAAAUUCUCGUUUGGUGUUUAUUGUUUCAUUUACUCAUGGAAAUUCCUCUCAAGUGAAUUGAGCCAUUUCUGUGAAUCCCCCACUAGGGAUGGGAGGAUAAGUCAGUUUCUCAUUUUAUUUCUCAUUUUUUUCCAAUCUUAAAUUCAGUUCUCCACAUUUCUGCAGCAAUUUGCAGAUUUUUUUUAAUCCCUCCUGAAAAUUAUUCAACAUUUUAGUGCAGAUUUCUCCUAACAAACAUAUUUCUGUAUAUAGUGUUAACAAAUGUGCACAUCUCCCCCAAGCAAUUUCUCUUGGUGUAAUACAUUCCUGAAUAUUAAUUUCACUAGUAUCUUCAUUUUGAUGCACAUCCCGCCUCCCCCCCCCCCCCGGGUAAUAUGUGCAUUUUUGUAAACAUUGGCUGGAGAAGUGCACCACAAAUUCAGAUAAGUGUGAAUUUGGAAGGAUGGCUGCAUUCUGGUUCUCAUACUGAUUUGGACAGUCAGUGCAGAUUUAAUAAAUUUCCUGUAAAUGCAAACUGAAUUGCAUUUCUCUCUCCAUCUCUACUGGUCUUUACUAGGUUUUCAUUUCUUGUCUGGCCAGGUAUCGUUGCCUGAAGUGCCUGAACUUUGACAUUUGCCAAGUCUGUUUCUUUACCGGACAACUCUGCAAACCUCACAAGAAAUCUCACCCUGUGAUGGAGCACUGUGUGCCGGUUAGUCAUGGACCCAUUCACUUCUAUUGCUCAGUCAACUAGUCUACUGAAUGCUGAGUUAACUGGGUGGUUGGUGCUAAGUUUUGCAUUCUGGCAUGCAUCAUUGUGUUAAGAAAGAGUUAUUUCCUAGGAAAUGAAAGGAUGAUAUUUUAGCCACAAUAUAUUGUUGCACGCCACCCCAAUCGCUGAACAGAGGUUCCAGGGCUGGAGGUUUCCCCACCCCUGAUCUAAGGCAAAGUGCCUAGCAGAAAGAGAGGGCCUUUUCAGUGGUGGCACCCCAUUUGUGGAGUCCUCUCCUCACAGAGAUUCUCUUGACACCUGGUUCAUUGUCCUUUUGGCACCAGGCAAAUGUGUUUUUCUUUCUGAAUGAAAGCUUUUCUGGUGUAGUGUUAAUACAGCUGUUUGGGGCUGUGUUUAUAAUUUUGUGGUUUUUAGUCUUUGUAAUACAGUGGUGCCUCUUGUUACAGAUGAUUCAAGUUACAUACGCUUCAGGUUACAGACUCCGCUAACCCAGAAAUAGUACCUCGGGUUAAGAACUUUGCUUCAGGAUGAGAACAGAAAUCGUGCUCCGGUGGCACAGCGGCAGCAGGAGGCCCCAUUAGCUAAAGUGGUACCUCAGGUUAAGAACAGACCUCUAGAAUGAAUUAAGUACUUAACCCGAGGUACCACUGUAAUACUAAUACCAAUAAUAAUUUAUUUAUACCCCCAGCCACUCUGGGCGACUCCCAACGGAAUAUUAAAACCACAAUCAAACAUCAAACAUUUAAAAACUUCCUUAAACGGGGCUGCAUUCAGAUGUCUUCUAAGAGUCAGAUAGUUGAUUAUUUCCUUGACAUCUCUUGGGAGGGUGUUCCACAGGGUGGGCGCCACUACCGAAAAGGCCCUCUGCCUGGUUCCCUGUAACCUCACUUCUCACAGUGAGGGAACCGCCAGAAGGCCCUCAGCUGGUUAUUGUAUUUACAUAAACAAAUCUUUACCUUCCCCCAGUUCCCUCCAAGAACCCCACUUUAAUCUUACUUCCCCGCCUUUCCUGCAGCCCUUCCUCAUCUAUUACACAUUUCCAAAUCAACCGAGGAGCUUUCUCCCUCCAACCCAUAUCGCCCCUCGAUUAUCUUACCUGGGCCAACUCUUAACAUUCUUAGCUGUCCUUUUGUAUAUCCAUCUUCUUUCUCCAUCGCCCUGCCACCCGGACAGGUGUCCACAAAGGAGAGAACAAAGUUGUUUUUCCGCAUCAUCCGAAACAACUUGCUACAAGGGCGCUGCGAGAGGAAGGAAGCUCUGAGAAGGAAGACCUUGAUGGUGAUGGGGGAUGCAGGCUACUAUGCUGACAGCCAUGCACAGUGAGUGCAUCAUUCGAUGCUGUGUGUUUGUAGCUCUUCGGCUGCUUCUCUCUGGCCCUUGGCAGCACGUUCUCAGCAGUGCGGCCACCCUGGACCAAUGUCAGCCGAAAUUUGUUUUCCUGCAGUUUCACUGAGCGUGGGAAGAAGGCCUCCUCUGGUUAGCCUUAAGCUGGGCUUCAGUAUUACACUUCCAGCCUAAUAACUUCGUAAUGAGUUGCUUUAUCAUGUUAAAAAUGCUUUCGCUUCAUUUGCUGCUUCCCUGUGCUCAGCUUUAUGAGCUGAGCAGGCCAUUAAGAAAAGAAGCAUUUCCAGAAUCCCUAAGGGUGAUGUUCCCUCAUCUGCAGAGGGGUCAACGCAAAUGGAAAAUGUUCCUCUUUGUUUCCAUUGCGGACUCCACUUGUGUAUUGUUUUUUUAAAAAAUAAUAUUUUAUUAAUUUUCCAAAUAUAAAACAGAAAAAGAAAAAAGAAAAGAAAAAACAAAGAAAAGAAAAAAUAACAUCAACAAUACAUAUUCCUAAUUGGACAUAAAAAAAGAAAAAAGCAAGAAAUUGAAAAAGAAAAAAGAAGUCCCUUAGUCCCUUCCCUGGUUCCAUUAUAUAUCAUCAUACCGCAAGUCCAUUUUAAUUUUAAAAAAUCAUUAAAAUUACUUAUUGUCCAUUCAUAUUUCCUUACAGAUAUUUCUAGAAUCCUGCUAAUGUAUUAACCUGUGUACUUUGCUUCUGUAUAUAUGCAAUAAAGUCCUUCCAGUCUUCUUUCAACUCGUUCAUCUCUUCCUCUUAGUUUCAAUGUCAAUUUUGCCAUUUCAGCAUAUUCCAUUAAUUUAACUUGCCAAUCUUCUUUAGCUGGGACACCUUCUUCUUUCCAGUGCUGUGCUAGCAGUAUUCGUGCAGCUGUAGUUACAUACUUAAAUAAGUCUUUUUGUGGUCCUGGUUUGUCCACUCCUGUUAUACCUAAUAGAAAAGCUUCUGGUUUCUUAACAAAAGUUAUUUUAAGCAUCUUCUUCAUUUCAUUAUGAAUCAUUUCCCAAUAUUUCUUAACAAUUUUGCAAUCCCACCACAUAUGAAAAAAAAGUCCCUUGCAGACGCCACUUGAAAUGCCUUCAGAUUAUGUACGAGGCAAACCUACACACUUUCAAUAAGCUUCUGUAUAUCUACAUGGGCAUUGUGUGUGCAUAUUUGCACAACGUGCGUCGUGUUCUGCCAGCCACAUAUCCUCCUGGUCUGGCAGCUUCCUGACAAACCCUCAUUUUUGCAAUCUUAGGCAGGCAGCAAUCAUCAGGCCUGCAUGGCUGGUAGGAUGUGUUUGACUCCCCCCCCCCCCCUUAGCAAACAAUAAAACAUCUAUUGGUCUUAACACUAAAGACCCAACCUCCCGUCUAUUCCAUAUUUCAAAUUCAUAUUACUUAUUGCCAAUACACACUUUUUAUCAUAAUUAAACUUAUUCUCAAUAAAUCUAAUUUCUUAUAUCUACCUUGCAACUAUUACUGGAGUUCCUCGAAUGCUGCAACAGAAUUUAAACUACUAUAUUUAUUUUUCAGAUAUUCUUUGAAAACCUCCCAUUUAGAAACAAAUUCCUGUUUUGAUUUAUUCUUUAUUUUUUCUGAUAAACCAUCUAAUUCGGCAUAUUCUGUCAGCUUUUGGAUCCAAUCUUGUAUAGAGGGGAUUUCAUUACUCUUCCAUUUUGCUGCGAUCAAAACUCUUGCUGCCGCCGUCACAUAUAAAAGAUACCCUUCCUCUUUUGUGGAAUAUCCAAAUCUGUUAUUCCCAGGAGGCAGGCCUCUGGUUUUUAUUGAAAGAGAUCUUUAGCAUUUUUGCAGUUCUGCAUGUAUACUCUCCCAGAAUACCUGUAUUUUCCUACAUAUCCACCACAUAUGGUAGAAUGUUCCUGAGUCUCCGCAUCUCCAACAAUUACUUGACACAUUUUUAUACAUUUUUGAAAGUUUCGAUGGUGUUAGAUACCAUCGAUGUUGCAUUUUUUGAAAGUUCUCUCUAAUCAUGUAACAAUUUGUGUUUGGAUGUGUUUGACUUGGUGAGUCAUUGCAAAGGAGGAAGACAACUGGCUGCCCGGCUGCCCUGUAAACCUGGGGCAUGGGACAACGAGGAGGAGAGAACAUAGAUAAGAUGUGCUUCAUCAGAAUGGCACACAGAUGCCAGACCUCUUUGGCUGGAGCCCUCAAUUUUUGCUCAUUCAAGCAGUUCACCCCCAAACGUGCCCUCCUGCAUUGUCUCCCAAGGCAGACAGAUGCCAACAAGAAGGAAUCACAGGGCUGGAGGCAGAGAUUAUCAUCAGUACAUGCCCCCGAGUCAGCAUUGGGUGGCUGCAUCUGAAAGCUGCCUCUUACUUUUUGUUGUUGUUGUUUAGUUGUUUAGUCGUGUCCGACUCUUCGUGACCCCAUGGACCAGAGCACACCGGGUACGCCUGUCUUCCACUGCCUCCCGCAGUUUGGUCAAACUCAUGCUGGUAGCUUCAAGAACACUGUCCAACCAUCUCGCCCUCUGUCGUCCCCUUCUCCUUGUGCCCUCCAUCUUUCCCAACAUCAGGGUCUUUUCCAGGGAAUAUUCUCUUCUCGUGAGGUGGCCGAAGUAUUGGAGCCUCAGCUUCACGAUCUGUCCUUCCAGUGAGCACUCAGGGCCUCUUACUUUACUGCUCCCAAUAACAAUUGUGAAUUGGAUACCUCUAUUGAUGGUGGAUGCUUUUGUACUUGCUAAUUCAAGGAUCUUCUGCCACCCUCCAGUUUCACUGUCUUCUGAACUUUUUGUUUCUUUCCCGAUAGUUCAGUUGCUUCAGUAACAGAAGAACCUUGUGAUAUUUUAGUAUCUCAAGCUGCCUCCUAGUUGCCAUAAAGCAUGCUCUGGUCUUCAGCUAGGCUUCAAAUGUAGCCUGUGUCUGGGAUAGUUUGGUGCAUGCAAAUCUUGCAUGUGUUCACUGCAGAAGAAGUUGACUUCUUCUUGGAAUGGCAGAUAUCCCAUCCCUGCCAUUCCAUGUCGCAAUCAAACAGAUUAUCAAACUCUUCUUAAUUUGUUUUUUUUAUAAUAUUUUAAAAUUAAUUUUAACAUAUAAAUUAUAAAAUGUACCACAAAACUUAUCGCUUAUACAAUCUUUUUAGACUUCCAUCAGCACCUCUGAUGAUCCACCGUUUUAACCACUUCUUAUGCAUUUCUUAACUUUAUAUUGCCUUUACAUCUCUUAACAAAUCAUCCUCCCCUUUGUCCAUUUUUACAAUACUUCUAAUAAUACUCCUCACAAAACUUCUUGCAACCCUACAAACGCCGUCUGUUCUUCACAAUUACUUUUCAAAUAGUCCGUAAAUUUACUCCAGUCUUCCGUGAAUUUCUGGUCUCACCGGUUUCGAAUCCUUCCUGUUAAUUUAUCUAAUUCUGCAUAGUUCAUUAACUUCAUCCUCCAUUCUUCAAUCGAUGGUAACUCUUCUUGCUUCCAUGGAAAAAUGAAAACUCUUCUUAAUUUGAUGGGAGGAUUUGCUAUGCAAUAUGGCGGGCAGGGGGGCUUCUGAUCAGACUUCCAAACAUCUCUUGCGUUUGCAGAACAACUGUGCAGUUAUUUGGAUCCAGAACAUUAUUUAUAUGGAAAUGUUCUGGCUGCCAUAUGGAUGAGGGGAGGAGGGAGUUUGUUCAGCAUCUCAUUUUAUUCCUUUCUACCUUCUUUUUGCAGCUUCUGCUCUCGUCAUUCCACUUCUUCAAGGCAGCAUGUGCCAUCUCAUCCUAUCUGCUCAGUGCGUACUUUGGACCAACAGUUAAGCAGUCCUUUAGAUGCCAAAGUAUCCCAAGGACAGACGAUGGCAAACAACAAUAGCCUACUAUGUCAAGAGAAAACAUCCAGUCAGGUACGGGGCUCCAAUAAACACCAGCUCAGCAUGUGCUGAUACUUUGUAAGCUGCAAAUGGUGUAAAUUUGAUUUCAUUCCCGUAAGCAUAUUUUUCUUAAUACAGUGGUGCCUCGCAAGACGAAAAGAAUCCGUUCCGCGAGUCUCUUCGUCUUGCGGGUUUUUUCGUCUUGCGAAGCAAGCCCAUUAGAGGUUUAGCGGCUUAGCGCUACAGUAUUAGCGGCUUAGCCUGCUUAAAGAUCAGCUGAUAAGCGGCUUAACGAUCAGCUGACAAGCGGCUUAAAGAUCAGCUGAUAAGCGGCUUAACGAUCAGCUGAUAAGCGGCUUAGUAUCAGCUGUUAAGUGGCUUAAAGAUCAGCUGAUAAGCGGCUUAGCAUCGGCUUAAAGAUCAGCUGAUAAGCGGCUUAGCAUCAGCUGUUAAGCGGCUUAAAGAUCAGCUGAUAAGCGGCUUAGCAUCAGCUGUUAAGCGGCUUAAAGAUCAGCUGAUAAGCGGCUUAGCCAUCAGCUGUUAAGCGGCUUAAAGAUCAGCUGAUAAGCGGCUUAGCCAUCAGCUGAUAAGCGGUUUAGCGGCUUGGGAAAAAGGGGGGGGGAACCCCGCAGGAACUCGCAAGACAUUUUCGUCUUGCGAAGCAAGCACAUAGGAAAUUCGUUUUGCGAAGCACCUCCAAAACGGAAAACCGUUUCGUCUAGCGGGUUUUCCGUCUUGCGAGGCAUUCGUCUUGCGGGGCACCACUGUAUAAUGAAGAUUCUGUGGGAUAACCAGCCUCAUAUGACUAACAUAAAGGUAAAGGUAAAGGGACCCCUGACCAUUAGAACCAGUCGUGACCGACUCUGGGGUUGCGGCACUCAUCUCGCUUUACUGGCCGAGGGAGCUGGCGUUUGUCCACAGACAGCUUCCGGGUCAUGUGUCCAGCAUGACUAUGCCCUUCUGGCGAACAAGAGCAGCGCACGGAAACGCCGUUUACCUUCCCGCCAGAGUGGUACCUAUUUAUCUACUUGCACUUUGAUGUGCUUUCGAACUGCUAGGUUGGCAGGAGCAGGGACCAAGCAAUGGAAGCUCACCCUGUCGCAGGGAUUCGAACUGCCGAUCUUCUGAUCGGCAAGUUCUAGGCUCUGUGGUUUAACCCACAGUGCCACCCGCAUCCCUAUGACUAACAUAAAGUAAAGGUAAAUGUACCCCUGCCCAUACGGGCCAGUCUUGACAGACUCUAGGGUUGCGCGCUCAUCUCACUCUAGAGGCCGGGAGCCAGCGCUGUCCGCAGACACUUCCGGGUCACGUGGCCAGUGUGAUGAAGCUGCUCUGGCGAACCGGCACCAGAGCAGCACACGGAAACGCCGUUUACCUUCCCGCCAGAGUGGUACCUAUUUAUCUAUUUGCACUUUGACGUGCUUUCAAACUGCUAGGUUGGCAGGAGCAGGGACUGAGCAACGGGAGCUCACCCCAUUGCAGGGAUUCGAACCGCCGAUCUUCUGAUCGGCAAGUCCUAGGCUCUGUGGUUUAACCCACUGCGCCGCCCGCAUCCCUAUGACUAACAUAUUUAUGUCUAAUUAAUGCAUGAAGGGGUUAAUGCCAUAGAGUAAGCUGUCCUGCCAGGCUUGCGAUGAAGGCAAUCAAGGCUUUUAUUCCCCUUCAGUCUACCUGAGAAGCUCAGCAUGUAAAGAGAGAGGUCAGAGCUGAUUGCUCAGACUGCAUGGCUUUUAGAAGCCAUUCUUGUGUUCCUGUACCAAUAAUUUAGGAACUUUCACCACUGUAACUACUAAGCCAAGUUUUACUGCCUGUGUUUCCUGAGUGGUGUAUGGAAAAGCACAUGAACCUGACUUUUGGAUAGUUUGUAAGUAAGCCAUCUUUAUUAAAUAUGUGGUCUUUUCUAUGGUAAGGGAAGAGGGAAGUUUUGGAACUUACAAGGGCAUGUUUUAAAGGUCUUACAGACUUUAUUUUCAUGCUUUACCUUGCUACAUAUUUUAUGAUUUUAAAUCUCCGCUGAGGUUCUCUCACUGAAGAGCACUUGCCCCAAACCUGAUAUCCAGAAAAUUCUCCAUUUAUAUACUUUUUUUCAAUGGUUUCCUGUAGGAGAUAAUAAUGGACAUAGCAAUGCUUUUAUAGUAUCACUAAUGACUGCUGUUGUGAAAGGCCACUGUGAUUAUUGUGCAUACACUUAAACUUUAAUUAAAUAUCCAUAGGCUGUGCAUUUUGUAUUUAAUUGCCAUUUUCAGUGUUCUGUCCCCCGUCUCCCCAGCUACACUCAUGCAUUCCUGCUCCCUGAGAUGAACACUUCAUGCAAACUGACAAAGUGGAAUUUCCACAAAAGCUUAUGUAGGCUUUUAUGAUGCCUCAAGAAGUGUGUGUGUGUGUGUGUGUGUGUGUGUGUGUGUGUUUGUAUUCCUAUAUAUGGGCAAUCAACCCUCUGGCAUAGCAUGUGGCAGAACCUCCUAAAAAGCCAUUGCUGGCCGUGGACAGAAGAAGCAGCCUACUCAUGUUAGACCAGGCAUAGGCAAACUCAGCCCUCCAGAUAUUUUGGCACUACAACUCCCAUCAUCCCUAGCCUACAGGAACAGUGGUCAGGGAUGAUGGGAGCUAUAGUCCCAAAACAUCUGGAGGGCCGAGUUUGCCUAUGCCUGUGUUAGACUGUGAUUCCCCCACACCUUGUUCUGUUUUCCUCAUUCUAACCAGAAGUACAUAGCAAGGAUAGUUAAAGGCUGCAGUUCUUGCCCAGCUGCCCAGCAAAACAUGACUUUUUGCCUCUUUUGUGCAUCUGCUAUGAACUCCCCCCCCCCCACCUUCAUCUUCCCACAGACACUUGCUUCUAUUAAGGCGGAAUUGGCUAAAACACAGGAAUCCAUCAAGGCCCUUCACAGCGAGAGGAGGUGGGUAUGCAGACGUCCGUAGCCUUGAUUAAGAUCCUUGAGCCUUGGACUGUUAAGCAUGUGGGAACCAUGCAGCCAAAUGAGAGCGUAGCCGGGGUGGGAGGAAUGGGGCCCUCUCAAUCAGUGGUUUACAUCCUCAGCGUUCAGGAGUGUUUGUCUCUGCAUCCCUGUCUCAGCAGCAAGUGCAGCAAAGUGGCUGAGCCGGCUCGAAGGGCACUUAUCAUCAAUCAGAUUCGGCCGCUAGGUCAGAGAAGUGGGUGAUAGGUAUGUCUGGUGGUCCAUCUCGAAUAGAGAGUAGGCAGAUAAUCUCUCGCGCUUCCGUUCAGGUGUGGGGGUGGCACCUUGAUUGCAAUCACAAAAGGGCAGCGGCAAGUUGCGACGCCAGAGAAAACGGGACGAAAGUCCCUUGGCAGCAAAGAAAGCCAGGGGAAAGUGACCGUCACGUCCAUCCUGCCUUGGUAGCUAGUGACUAGCGAAGGAAAUCCUAUAUGCAUAUGCUCUGUGCAGCCGCCCCAAGGUCGGGACGGGGUAAAGGCACUGGGCACUCUCCAGUUUUUGCCGUCUUGGUCACCAAACCCACAACAUAGCAGUGCAAAGCAGGGCUCCUCAGGCUUCCUUCCUAACAUCUGUUCAGUUCUUUUUUUUUUUUUAAAUGAUAUUUAUUAAAAUUUCAAAAAAUACAAAAAUUACACAAAAACAAAAAAUAAAAAUACAAGAAAAUACAAGAUACAGAAAAAAGAAUAACAAAACCCUUAUUAAGAUAUAACAAAGAAAUGAAAAAUAAAAAGAAACAUACAAAAUAAAAACAGUUAAAAAACACAUUAAUUUCCCAUAGCAUAUCUUCCAUACACUUAUUUCCCCGGACCUCCUCAUACCCCCCUUUUUUGUAUUCCAGUUCAGUUUGUUAGUUCAGCAAAUCCUUACCAUUAAGCUUUUACCCAUUUGUGAACCUUUUUUCGUCUCUUAAAGCAUUACAGCUGGAAACCACUUAGUUUCUAUCCAACAUCCUUCUAAGAUUCAUUAAUUUUACAAUACUUCUGUAAAUAGUCUUUAAAUUUCUUCCAGUCUUCUUUCACCGACUCUUCUCCCUGGUCUCGGAUUCUGCCAGUCAUUUCUGCCAAUUCCAUGUAGUCAAUCACCUUCAUCUGCCAUUCUUCCAGAGUGGGUAGAUCUUGUGUCUUCCAAUACUCUAACAUUUGUUCAGUUCUGUGCCAGAAGUUGGAAUAGGCUGUUGGGGAAUCACUAGGAUGACAUGCUGACGCUGUAGCUGAUCCGAUCUGGCUGUGUGAUGGCAAAAUCCCUGACCAAGGUGAUUGCUGGGAUUGCAACCAAGAGCAGAAGCAGCAAUUAAGAAGGAAAACAGGCAACAAAGCAGCCCAGAGAAAUAUUUCAUUCACAACCCACCCUCUGCCAAUGCAUAACUUUCAGCUAAAGAAACUGAACAUUUGGUGCAACCCUAAGUUAUAGCACUUUUUUAUUAUUUUAAAAAAGAAAGGUUCCAUGUGUGUUGUUGGGUUUCCAAGGGAAAAUAUUUCCACAGCCAUCAAGACUGCCUCUUUGCAUGCUCAAUUCAUGUUAAAGACUGAGGAAGUGGGGGAGGAGACAUUAUCUAAGGCAGGGAUAGGGAACCUCCAUCCUGCAUGCCAAAGUCGGCACCCCUGGGGUCCUAACUGAUGUCACACCAGAUGUGGGCCUGGUCUAGCCAUGGCUGUGAUUGGGAGCUUUAAAGUACUCUUCUGAUUGUUCCUAGGUCAAUGGGGUUGCAUGCAGCGUCUUUUAGAUUUGGCAUCCAAUGCAACUCUUGCUAGGGUUGGCUGUUAGGAUACUGCCUGGGAGACGGGGGCAUCAGGCAGGCCCUCAGCUGGCUCCGGACGAUCACCGGUCUCCCGUGGAACAGCAUCAGCCAGUCAGCGACACGAGCCUCAGAUAUGUUUAGAGACCCAUGCACGCUCUGUCAGCAGAGUGUGUAAAUCACCUCACAGCAGAAGAGGCGGACAGAGAAAUAUGUGCAAGCAUAUUUACAGCAUUUACCGUAUUUUUCGCUCUAUAAGAUGCACCAGACCACAAGACGCACCUAGUUUUUGGAGGAGGAAAACAAGAAAAAAAAUAUUCUGAAUCUCAGAAGCCAGAACAACAAAAGGGAUCACUACACAGUGAAAGCAGCAAUCUCUCUUGCUGUUCUGGCUUCUGGGAUAGCUGCGCAGCCUGAAUUCGCUCCAUAAGACGCACACACAUUUCCUCUUACUUUUUAGGAGGGAAAAAGUGAGUCUUAUAGAGCAAAAAAUACGGUAUUCAUUGUAGUUCAGGAGCAAAGGAAAACAUGUCUGCUUGCCUUCGUGUCCAGCAAAACAGCCAGUAUAGCAAAAGCAACAUACAGCGGAAGUUCCCAGCAAACUGUGCUGGGAGUAAACAGGCAUGUGAUAUACAGACGUCAUGCCUGUACCCUUUUAAGGUGGGAUGGAACUAUAUCCUAACAUUGGCUUCAUUAGGGAACUCUCCACUGCAUCCAACCAGUCCAGGUAGCCAUGGCGGUGCUGGAAGGUUGCCCAGGCAACCAAGCAGGAGUAGCAGUAGCAGCUAAAAGGACCCUGCCUAAAUAAACUAAAAAAAAAAAACUGGGCAAAAAAAUCAAGGAAAUUGGACACGCAUUCACUGGAGAGCCAGUGUGGUGUAGUAGUUAAGAGCGGUGGACUCGUAAUCUGGUGAACCGGGUUCGCUUCCCUGCUCCUCCACAUGCAGCUGCUGGGUGACCUUGGGCUAGUCACACUUCUCUGAAGUCUCUCAGCCCCACUCACCUCACAGAGUGUUUGUUGUGGGGGAGGAAGGGAAAGGAGAUUGUUAGCUGCUUUGGGACUGCUUCAGGUAGUGAUAAAGCGGGAUAUCAAAUCCAAACUCCUCCUCUUCUACCGCUCAGCUGUCUUAGGAGGACAAAGAGCCUACAAAAGUCCCAAGCUCUGAUGUUGUCAUACAGUUCAACCUGUUGGUGGGGGAAGCAUCCUCAAAGAAUUUGCCUCACAGUCAGGCAUCAGGAAGAGCAGACUUUAUCAAACUGCUCAUUUUUCAGUGGUCAGGUGCCACCAAAGCAGACAUAAUGGGGGUUAUAAUCCUAUACUGCCACCACUGGGGAAAGGGUCAUAUUGCAGCCAAAUAACUCUGCUGCCACCACAGGCCAAACACAACAUCAACAUCAACACUGCACUGCACUGAUUCCUGCUGAAAGUGGGGCACUGGGCAGAAAUUCAACUCCAAAAGCAAGCCAAAUUUUGAGCAGGAAACUUUGCAGCGCUGGGUUGAAUCCAAGCUGCAGUCACCAAGAUUCUCCCUUCGCAACCUCGACUUAAAUCUGAGCGCAGUCUUGAUUCUUCAUUUGAAGUUGAACCAUCUGGAAUGAAAUAAUGUCAGGUGGCAGCCUCAGGUGGCAGUCUUAUGUGCCUCACGGAGAAUGAGCCAGAUCUGGAUCCAGCCCACCAACGAAGACCAAUUCCUCACACCUGCUCUACGUUAUGUGUGGCCCAAGCUGUUAAUAGGUAAAAACCAGCGACAUAGAUAUCGAUAAAAUAUAACAGGAGAGGCAGCACAGAGAAAGGUGCACUGGUGGGAUGUUUGUUCCCUGUUGAGAAGUAGAACCCAUGUUCCAUAUCAGCUGAAAGCUGUUUUCUGGAAUAACCUCACAGAAAGCACACCUGAGCAGUGCAGUUUCGGAGGUAAGAUAGCUUGAAAGGCAACAACAACCAGUAAGAAAGACACAAGUCUUUGGUAUAUAUGGUAAAGGUAAAGGGACCCCUGACUAUUAGGUCCAGUCGUGGCCGACUCUGAGGUUGCGGCGCUCAUCUCACUUUAUUGGCCAAAGGAGCCAGCGUACAGCUUCCAGGUCAUGUGGCCAGCAUGACUAAGCCGCUUCUGGCGAACCAGAGCAGCGCACGGAAACGCCGUUUACCUUCCCGCCUGAGCGGUACCUAUUUAUCUCCUUGCACUUUGACGUGCUUUCGAACUGCUAGGUUGGCAGGAGCAGGGACUGAACAACGGGAGCUCACCCCGUUGCGGGGAUUCGAACCGCCGACCUUCUGAUCGGCAAGCCGUAGGCUCUGUGGUUUAACCCACAGAUGGUACACUAUUCUUAAGUCAUCGGACUCCUAGCGCUUCCUGAUCUGCCUUCACGAAACCCAGGCCAAUGUACAGUGUAUGAAAGCUCUCCUUGUUGCUUUGUUUAAUAAUUUUUUGGGUUUUUUGGAAACAUUGUGUUUUCCGGCAGGUACUUGAAGAAGCAACUGAACAAAUGCAAGGGCAAAAUGCAGCUCCUUCACUCGGCUCAGGAAGACAGAAACCGUGCACUACAAGCAAAGUUCCGUGAGCUAUUAGGAAGCCAGGAUAGCCUCAAGCUGGAGCUUCAGGAAAUGAGAGAGGAAAUUAAGGUAACAGAAUGGGGUCAACGGCUCUUUGCUUAGGGACAAUUCACCCUUAAUUGCUUGAAGUAUCCCCUUUCUUCUCACAAGUGGAGCCUUCUGGGUCAGCAAGGGGUGACUAAGACCUGGCUUUCCCUUGCAUGGUAGGCCUGCUGUUUAUCACUUGAAAUUGCAGACAUGGCCUCACAUGACUCAUCGCCAUCCCAUCAUGACCAAUAAAUCCCUCCAACACAGAAUCCAAGAUGUCGGAGAGAAAGAUUUAAAACUAGCUUCAUCCCUAACAUGCAUCUAGCGAGCUUAUGGAGGAACAUCCCAUCAUGGGGAGAGUCUCCUUCUGCAGUCUGAAGUGACACGGCCCAGGCACUUCAGUGAGGACUAAGCCUAAAUGGCUAGAUGCUGCUCAGUCCAUAAUGAACAUAAUUAAAAGCCACACAGUUAGAAAACAGUCACAUUGGAAAUUUUGGCUUGUUCCUCAUUUGGGCUCCAUGCACAAUUUGGUCAAAUCCUUGCAGUCGCAGGAUAAAGAACCAAAGCAGGUUAGUUGGAGCGCCUUAUCUUCAAGGACUUUACAAGCAUGCCUCCAUUAUUUUCCAUGUUUUGUCCCUCGGCUUUUGCAUAUUUCUGACCUAUUUAUGAAAUAAAUAAAUUUAAUAUACCCCUAUUGACAGAUUUGCAUAAUAUAUUCCUUUGGGAGAAUUUCAGAUCUCAUGCUUUCAUUUUCCAGCUUUUUAAAUGAUGUCCUUAGUUAUAAUAUUAUUUCCAAUUGGAUAGGCAUGAUUUCUUUUUGGCAGGAUGACCCUAACAAUUUGAUUGCGUGAAUCACCCAUUCUGGGCAUCACGCAAUUUUAAAAUCUACAAUAUGAUUUCCUCCAUUAAAUACUUUGAGAAUCAUUUCCAAGCCAGUUACCCCUUGGGCUGUUACCCUCUCCAGCUUUUGUGAACAUAGUGGGAGUUGUUUAGGUAAAGGUAAAAGCACCCCUGACCAUUAGGUCCAGUCGUGGCCGACUCUGGGGUUGCGGUGCUCAUCUCGCUUUAUUGGCUGAGGGAGCCGGCGUACAGCUUCCGGGUCAUGUGGCCAGCAUGACUAAGCCGCUUCUGGCAAACCAGAGCAGCGCACAGAAACACUGUUUACUUUCCCGCCGGAGCGGUACCUAUUUAUCUACUUGCACUUUUGCUAGGUUGGCAGGAGCAGGGACCGAGCAACGGGAGCUCACCCCGUCACGGGGAUUCAAACCACUGACCUUCUGAUCAGCAAGUCCUGUUUUAACCCACAGCACCACCCGCAUCCCGGGAGUUGUUUAUUGAGGCUCAGAUUGUGAUAACUGAUUAAAUGACUCUGAAAUGUGGAGAGAUGAUGGUGUAUAAUACAUAACUGGAGUUUUCACUCUGAAGUUGAGGCAAAGCAGCAAGGUGCUAAUCAACCUUUUCUUUGACUCAGGAAGAAAAAUGUUGUGUAAUGUGUAUGGACCUGUUUUCUCAAGCAGUAAUACAUAUGUUCAUGUCUGCCAUGAUUUUCCAACCAAAGCAAAUUUCAAAGGCAGUUAGUGCCAUUGCCCUUCAAAGGCAAUGCUUUGCCAUUGAGAUUAACUGUCCAAAAGAAAAAGAAUCAAAAUCUCCCCUGAGCUAGCAUGACCUUCGAGUAAUCGUAUGAUGUUAUUUAGGUCACGUCUGAGAGUUUUUCCCUAUGAUGAUGAUGAUGAUGAUGAUGUUCAGUAGUGAAACAAGCUCAACUCAGAUGCCUUUAUUUCACAGGUGAAAAGCUAAAGUCCAGGAAUAUUUGAGAAAAUCUCAGCAUUGCUCGGGGGUCAGUGGGAAAGUUGAUGAGUCACAGUUGCCAUUCCAACAAGCUUAUUCAUGUUGGACUGUCAGGGCCAGUCAUUGGGCAGCUGUGGCAGUAAAAAGGAAUUGAUCAAGUGGAAAGUGACCCUGAACUUGGAGGGGAUGUCACAGGAUCACACCUAUCAGAGUAGGAUUCUGAAUAAAGUAGCUUGCUUGGGCCUUUAAGAUCCAGUCAUCUUGUGCUUUAUAUUCAUUAUUCCACCAUUUUUACUCAGAGGUUGUGUUUUGUUUUUAUGCAGUAUUCACAAUGCUAAAUAUGCAACUGCUUUACUCAUUUUGUUCCUUUUGCUUGCUGGCUUGCCAGUCUCCUAACACUGCCAAUGCCUGACGACAGGACCUCUGGUCUUUUGGUCCUUUUUAUUAUGAAGAGGGACAGCCAGUGUUUCUUGAGCUUCAGAAAAUUUUAAAGGAGCGUUACAUAACAGCCAUUCUUUACCCCAGUGGUUCCUAAUCUGGUGCCCUCCCAGAUGUUUUGGACUACAACUCCCAUCAGCUGCAGCCAGCAGGGCCCAAUGGUCAAUGACGAUGGGAGUUGCAGUCCAGCAACAUCUAGAGGGUGAUCGAAGGCUGUAGAGAAAGGGUGUGGUGUAGAGAGAGGAGGUGUGGCCUGUAGAGAAAAGGUGUGGCCUAGAGAGAGGAGGUGUGACAUGAGGAGAGAGUGGGGCUGAGGAGUGGGUGUGGCCUGCAGAGAAAGGGUGUGGCAUAGACAAGAGGAAGUGUGGUGUUAUGUACUGAAGUUCUCACCCUGGGCCAGCAGGGGGAUACUGUAGAUAGUUCAGGUCCACAUAUGCAAAUAAGGGAUCGAAAGUGACGUUCAGUGAUUGGAUAGUUACAGAAAGUUGUUACAGUUACGUUGUACUGGAGCUCUAUAUAAGCAGGCUGGCUGAACCCUUCAGUUCAGUCCUACCCAUCCAAGGGAAUUUCCAGAUUCCUUAUUGCAUAUCAAAACCACCCAUUUAGUGCAACCCUUCUCUAUAGCUUUUUCCGAAUGGUGAUUUCCCCUCUCUGUGCAUAUACAUGAACAUUUUAAGUCACAUCUCAUAUUUCCUUUGCAAACUCUUAGAACAUCGCUAUAUGGAGUAAGGAGCCCUUGAAGGAAAGAAAUCUCCAGACUAGAUCUGGUUGCCCUUCGUUAAAGCCCAACCGUGUGGAAUAUUCAAAAUACAAGUCUCCAGAGCUCCUCUCCUCUUGGAUUAAAAGGAAGUGGCUUUGGGAACCACAGGGUGGUCUUCUCGCCAGAAAUGCAGGAGGAUCACCAGAGAACACACUGAGAGCCCAGUUCUUCCCGAAUGCUCCCCCUGAGGUUGCUCAUCAUGAAAGCCCCCAAGAGAGAACUGCUCCACUAACAGACUGCUCUGAAGCAAACAGGGAACGUCUCAGUAACGGGAUUAGGAGCAUAAGCCCUAACUAUUCCACGGCAACGGAAGCUCUUCAUAAUGAGAUGCAGAUGGAGGAGGAGGAACUGCAACAGUUAAUGAUGAAGUUGAAGGAUGCCUUGUCUGUCCAAGUAUGGCAAGGUAAGAAUUCUCAAUGCUGCCUGGAUCAUCAAAGGGCUUGAUUUGAUUUGCAACUCAGUCUUAAAUUUUAUUGUUAUUAUUAUUUUUAUUCUAUUAUUUAUACCCCACCCAUCUGGCUGGGUUUCCCGCGCCACUCAACAGAAUAUGAAUAAUAAAAAAGCGAUAAAACAUCAGAAAUUAAAAACUUCCCUAAACAGGGCUGCCUUCGGAUGUCUUCUAAAAGUCAGAUAGUUGUUUAUUUCCUUGACAUCUGGUGGGAGGGCGUUCCACAGGGUGGGUGCCACUACUGAGAAGGCCCUCUGCCUGGUUCCCUGUAGCUUCACUUCUCGCAGUGAGGAAACCGCCAGAAGGCCCUCGGCACUGGAUCUCAGUGUCCGGGCUGAAAGAUGUGGAUGGAGAUGCUCCUUCAGGUAUACUGGGCUAAGGCCAUUUAGGGCUUUAAAGCUCAGCGCCAACACUUCAAAUUGUGCUCAGAAACAUACUGGGAGCCCGUGUAGGUCUUUCAGGACCAGUGUUAUAUGGUCUCGGCGGCCGCUCCCAGUCACCAGUCUAGCUGCCGCAUUCUAUUUUCCAUGCCACAGCUACGCAGUGAUUAUGAAGGAGAAGAUCUCUGCCUUCUCCUGGCUGAUCACAGCGAGGCCCCUUGUGGAAUGAGGAGGAGGGAUGAUCUCCAAGUCACGGAGAAUAGCUGUCAGCUUCAGCAUCUGUUUCUUAAUAAAUAAACCAGCCCUGGACACCAACAUAUUUGUGCCGCUGGGUGAUAUAAAUCUAGUCUAGUGGGUGAUACUUUCCAUUGCUAUAAAUGGGUACAUUACUAAUCCAAUCCAUUGUGGAUCUGAAGUAAUUGGGAUUUAGCCCAUGUAGUAGAGUUUGACUCAAGCCUAGAUAGAACAUGCGCCCUAAAUCCAGGCAUUCUACCUAACCAGACUGUGGACCUGUUAGGGAUCUGUGACUGCACAAAAUAUAUCAUAUCUAAGUCAUUAUGCAGCAGAGAUGUUCAAAUGUCAUAGGGAGCUGUGCUGAAGAAACCAACAUCGCUUAUAAAAGUUCAUACCAUAAUACUGCCAGCCUCCACCAAUCUGAUGCCAUCCAAGAAUUUUGGACUUCAAUUCCCAUCAGCCUCAGCUGGAGGGCACCAGGUUGGCAAUAUAGUUCAGGGCACGAAAAUGUACCAAGAUGCAUAUAUAAAAUAUAUAUUUAGGAUGAAAUAUGUUCAGAAGUGUGAACUUAGAAAAUGGGUAUUUUGUGAGAAACAUCUAAAUAUUUCCGCAGGUUUUGUUUAUAAAAAAAAUCAGAGCUCAAUGCAGAAACGGCACAUAUGGGGAAACUGACACAGUCUAGAAAUAAGCUGAUCUUCCCAUUUCUACCUCAGACCAUUCUCUAGGUGCCACAGGUAUUAGUAAUCUGUAUUAGCCAAAACAGAGCAGAACUGCUUGAACAGAUUUUGCUGUUGUGGUCAGUGCAGCAGGUACAGCGGUUGGAUGUGGGAAAUGCCUCCUGCCUAGGUUAAAGGUAAAGGAACCCCUGAGCAUUAGGUCCAGUCGUGACCGACUCUGGGGUUGCGGCGCUCAUCUCGCUUUAUUGGCCGAGGGAACCAGCGUCCAGCUUCCAGGUCAUGUGGCCAACAUGGCUAAGCCGCUUCUGGCGAACCAGAGCAGCACACGGAAACACCGUUUACCUUCCCGCCGGAGCGGUACCUAUUUAUCUACUUGCACUUUGACGUGCUUUCGAACUGCUAGGUUGGCAGGAGCAGGGACCGAGCAACGGGAGCUCACCCCGUCACGGGGAUUCGAACCGCCGACCUUCUGAUCGGCAAGCCCUAGGCUCUGUGGUUUAACCCACAGCGCCACCCGCGUCCUGCAACCUGCCUAGGUUAGGAUGCUCUAAAAAAGUGGAUUAGAAAGGUAUUGAAGAGGAGCCCGUAUGGCCAUCCAUCGUUGUAUAUUGACUUGGGAAUUGUUGCCAAACCCGUUUCCCAGUCGGCACAAUCCACUUCUCCUAUGGAAACCCCGCUUAAUGGCAAGAGCUUGUGCACAGCUUCCAUCCAUUCGAAGGCGGCUUCUGUAGGAGAACUUCCUAGUGGGCCUGUUUGCUCAGGCUGUAACUCCAGAGAAAUUGGCGAUCUGAGUGGUUCGGCCCUGCUUUCGAAUGAUGCCCACAUUUGCAUUCUUGGAUGCUGCUAGCGAAUAUGUCAGCUUUUCAACUUGUGCCCUGUUGUUUUAGCUUUUGAAGCACUUACUGAAUGUCAUUCAUGCCUGUUUUCCGGGAACAAGAUUAAGUCUUUUGAUGUCAUUAUUUUUCACCUUUUAGAUAAGCUUCAGAAGCACUGUAUACUCUUUCAUACCCAAGGGGUUCCCAUUCACUUGUGCCCCUCAUUCAAUUUAAAAGAUGCAAAUUUCAUUCAUUUCCCUGGUGGCAAAAUUAUUUCUUAGAAGGCAUCCAGAAAGUACGACACGGGGGGUUCUAAGUCCCUUUUUCAAGAGUGUGAUUUGCGGCACCUGCUGAUUUUAUAGGCUCAUUAUCAUAUAUUUGAAUGAGCUUUCCUGAUCAAGUGUGUUAUUAAGUAGGCCUCUUGUGUCACUUUAGAGAUUCAGCAGUUCUGUCUGCACAUAGCAGCGUACUUUGAACCGAUACCUCUUAUAUUGACAUUUUAUAAAUGAGGGCCAAUAAACGAUAUCUUUCUUUUAAAUACUCAAACUUGCUAAGACUGCUCUUUGUUGCUAUGCAGGGCACCAGUGUACUAAUGAGUUUAGAGUAAUGUUCUGCAGUCUCAGUGACCCUUAUGUUAAUCAGAAUAAAUCAAGAUCAGGUAUAGCAAUUAGCGCAUUCUUUUGGGUGUAUGCUCACACUUCCAUUACUUCCUCUGAGUAAUUAUAUUGGCUUAUCUAUGUAAACAGGAAAGCGGGUGGCACUGUGGUCUAAACCACAGAGCCUAGGGCUUGCCAAUCAGAAGGUCGGCGGUUUGAAUCCCUGCGACGGGGUGAGCUCCCGUUGCUCGGUCCCUGCUCCUGCCAACCUAGCAGUUUGAAUGCAUAUCAAAGUGCAAGUAGAUAAAUAGGUACCGCUCUGGCAGGAAGGUAAAUGGUGUUUCUGUGCGCUGCUCUGGUUCGCCAGAAGCGGCUUAGUCAUGCUGGCCACAUGACCUGGAAGCUGUACGCCGGCUCCCUCAGCCAAUAAAGCGAGAUGAGCACCGCAACCCCAGAGUCGGUCACGACUGGACCUAAUGGUCAGGAGUCGCUUUACCUUUAUAAGUAACCAAAUUACUAGUAGCAGCGUCUUGUUCCUGCUUCAUCCAUCCUGCCUGCAACUGAUUGCUUUCUGGAACUCUGCGUAUGCUCUGCUAAGGUCUGGCUAAGGUCCUGCAACAGGUCAAAGUUGCAAAACACCAAUAUCUUCACCCCCCUCGUUCAGCCCAGACACUGAGAUCCGUUUGCUCGUUGGCACUAAAUCACGGUUUCCAACUGAUUUUAUAUAUGCAGUUCAUAGAAUCAUAGAAUCAUAGAGUUGGAAUAGACCACAAGGGCCAUCGAGUCCAACCCCCUGCCAAGCAGGAAACACCAUCAGAGCACUCCUGACAUAUGGUUGUCAAGCCUCUGCUUAAAGACCUCCAAAGAAGGAGACUCCACCACACUCCUUGGCAGCAAAUUCCACUGUCGAACAGCUCUUACUGUCAGGAAGUUCUUCCUAAUGUUUAGGUGGAAUCUUCUUUCUUGUAGUUUGGAUCCAUUGCUCCGUGUCCGCUUCUCUGGAGCAGCAGAAAACAACCUUUCUCCCUCCUCUAUGUGACAUCCUUUUAUAUAUUUGAACAUGGCUAUCAUAUCACCCCUUAACCUCCUCUUCUCCAGGCUAAACAUGCCCAGCUCCCUUAGCCGUUCCUCAUAAGGCAUCGUUUCCAGGCCUUUGACCAUUUUGGUUGCCCUCCUCUGGACACGUUCCAGUUUGUCAGUGUCCUUCUUGAACUGUGGUGCCCAGAACUGGACACAGUACUCCAGGUGAGGUCUGACCAGAGCAGAAUACAGUGUUUGAAUAUGUUUUUAUUCUAUGGUGUGUGAUUGCUUCACAGUGCUGCAGAGGAAGUGACUGUAUUCAUAAAUGAAAUUUAUAACCAGUACAAUAAUUAUGAAAUCUCAGUCUUAAAUGUGCAUUGGAGCCACAUAUUAUUUCUGCUCUCUCUCUCUCUCUUUUCCAGGUCAGUUCUCUGUUCUUAAGGAAGGAUUGCUCUUAACAGCUAAGAAUGUUUGCAAGUCUUUCUCUGAUCUUAUCAGCCAAGUAACUUUGCCAACUAGGAAAUAUGGUUAUGCUGAUAUUGGUUCUCCUGCCUCCAUCACUGCUUGAUUGCUGUCAGGGAACUGACAUCGGAGCCAGAGGCGGAG